AUGUGUGGCCGAUACGCGCUGGCGCUCCGCGCCUCUCAAAUACGCCAGAUGCUGCAGGACGACGGCAUGCCCGUGGACUGCGCAGUGCACGACGAGGACGGCCCCGGCGCUCCCCGGCAGUCGUACAACUUUGCGCCCGGAUACCACGGCGUCGUCUACAGAGCCGAGACGCCGGACUGGGGCGCGGGCCCCCGACCCCAAUCUCACGGGGGCGAGGAGCAGGGCGGCGACGAUGCCGCCGCUGUCGGCGCCAGCCAAGUCCGGUACAAGCUGCAGUCCAUGAAAUGGGGUCUCGUCCCGUUCUGGACCAAGCGGAACCCCGACUACCAGACCAUCAUGAGGACCAUCAACUGCCGCGAGGACUCGCUCAGCACCCCCGGCGGCAUGUGGGCGUCCAUGAAGAGCAGGAAGCGCUGCGUGGUCAUCGCCCAGGGCUUCUUCGAGUGGCUCAGGACCGGGCCCAAGGACAAGCUGCCGCACUUUGUGAGGCGGAGAGACGGCCGCCUCAUGUGCUUCGCCGGACUGUGGGACUGCGUCCAGUACCAAGGCUCCGACGAGAAGCUCUACACGUACACCAUCAUCACGACCGACUCCAACGCGCAGCUCCGCUUUCUGCAUGACCGGAUGCCCGUCAUCUUCAGCCCGGGCUCCGACGAGGUCAAGCAGUGGCUCGACCCGGCGCGGUGCGAGUGGUCGCGCGAGCUGCAGUCCCUGCUGAGGCCGUACGACGGCGAGCUGCAAGUGUACCCCGUCACAAAGGACGUCGGCAAGGUCGGCAACAACUCGCCGUCGUUUGUCGUCCCGCUCGACAGCAAGGAGAACAAGUCCAACAUUGCAAACUUCUUCUCCGGGGCGCAGACCGGGGUCGGCAAAGAGACGGAGCCGACGUCCGCCGCUGCAGCCGCAGCCGUCAAGGACGAGGAGCCCGCCGGGCACGCGCGCGAGAAGCGCAAGCAGCCGCCGCCGCCGACGACGGGCGCUGGCCGCCCGGCGAAGAAAUUGGCCUCGGAAAAGGCAAAGCUGAGCGCGACCCGGAACGAGCACAGGAGCCCCAAGGAGGCGAGGGAGCCGCGGUCGCGGAAGAUUACGAGUUUCUUUGGAAGCGCAUCGCGAUGA